GUUCAGCUCGAUUCGAUUCGUUUAGAGCUUUACAUGUAAGUGUAUAGAGCCAUCACAUAGAACUGAUAGGAGUAACCCCAGACAGACGCGAGAGGAAAAAUCAGCAAAUGGAGAGCAGCAAAUGGAUAGCCACGGUGGCGAGCAUAUGGAUCCAGUGCAGCUGCGGCGCAUCCUACGCCUUCGGAAUCUACUCCUCCGUGCUCAAGUCCAGCCAAGGCUACGACCAAUCCACCCUCGACACCGUCUCCGUCUUCAAGGACAUCGGCGCGAACGCCGGCGUACUCUCCGGCCUCCUCUACGCCGCCGUCGCCGUCCGCCGCGGCCGAUCCUGCUUCUCCGUCGGGCCGUGGGUGGUCCAGGUCUGCGGCGCGAUCCAGUGCUUCGCGGGCUACUUCCUCAUGUGGCUCUCCGUCGUCGGAGUCAUACACAGGCCGCCUGUUGCGGCCAUGUGCUUGUUCAUGUUGAUAGCGGCCCACGCGCAGACGUUCUUCAACACCGCGAAUGUCGUCACCGCCGUGCAUAAUUUCCCCGAUUAUAGUGGGACCAGCGUCGGCAUCAUGAAGGGCUUUCUUGGUUUGAGUGGAGCAGUACUAGUUCAGGUGUAUCAAACAUUUCUUUAUGGCCAUCCAAGCUCUUUCAUAUUGAUGCUGGCAGUGUUGCCAACUUUUGUUUCCUUAUUGCUUAUGUGUAUCGUAAGAAUCUACCCUGAAAAAGUUAACGGGGAUGACAAGAAGCACUUGAAUGGUUUCUCAGCAGUUGCUCUUACUGUUGCUGCAUAUCUUUUGAUCUUGAUAAUCCUGGAAAACGUCUUUACUUUUCCAGUAUGGGCUCGUGUUAUUACAUUUAUAGUGCUUCUGCUUCUUCUUGCUUGGCCUCUUAGGAUUGCGGUCAAUGCCCAAAGAGACGAGUCGGAGACAUUACCGCAUAUACCCUCAGAGGAGAGGAGCCAAUUAAUAGAUCACUCUACAGUACAGGAGUCUGAAAUAUUCUCGCCACCGGAAGAUUCUAUCGAGUAUCAUGAGGUUUCAGCUGAUGAUGACAAUUCAGUUGUUGGGAAAAACACGAAUCUAUUGCAAGCCGUACGUACCAUGAACUUUUGGUUGUUAUUUAUUGCCAUAUUAUGUGGAAUGGGUACCGGAUUGGCCACCAUUAACAACAUAAGCCAAAUUGGACAAUCUCUCAACUACACAACUGUGGAGAUCAACACAUUAGUCUCUUUGUGGAGCAUAUGGAACUUUCUUGGUCGUUUCGGAGCUGGAUAUAUAUCUGACAUAUUCCUUCACACAAGAGGAUGGGGGAGGCCACUGUUUAUGGUCCUCACUCUAGCCACCAUGACUGCUGGCCACGUCAUCAUUGCCUCUGGUUUUUCUGGGAAUUUGUAUGUGGGUUCAAUACUUGUGGGUAUUUGUUAUGGUUCACAGUGGUCGUUGAUGCCCGUUAUCACAUCGGACAUCUAUGGUGUCCUGCACAUGGGUACUAUUUUCAAUACCAUUGCGAUAGCUAGUCCUGUUGGAUCUAGUAUAUUUUCUGUAUUUGUGAUUGGCAAUAUCUAUGAUGAAGAAGCAUCGGGUGCGGGGAAUUCUUGUUACGGCACCAAGUGCUUCAUGUUAUCGUUCUUUAUCUUGGCAGCCGUUAGUCUUUGUGGCUCUCUAGUUUCCUUGAUAUUGUUUUUCCGGACAAGGAGAUUCUACAUGCAGAUUUUACUUAGACGCCUGCGGCAUUUGACCAGACAGUGAGAAGGAAAAAAUUCCAUUUCUUUUCCUUUUGUUGGGUUUUCCUUUCGUGAGCGAAUUUUGAGUUGCACUGAGGAAGUAAAGCAAAACAUUAGGCAUUUCUUGUUUUGUGCUUGUAAGUAGGCCAUAUGGUUGUAUUUGAGAUGGUUGGAGGCAUUUGGGAUUCUUUUGUGUAAAUUGUCAAUAAAAGGUUUCCUUGUUUUCUUA